AUGUUAAUUGCACCUAAUGUACAUCUGGUUAAAGCUGCUCUUCUUGUAAAGAUGGCUAUUUCUUAAACUAAGGAUAGUGCUAAAAUUGCGAUAGCUCAUGUUCAAAGUGUACAAGUUAAAAAUAUUGUUCUGCUUGUUCUGAUAGCUACUUUUUAAAUUCAGUAAAUUUAUGUUAAUAAUGUUAACCCAACUGCACUUAAUGCUAAGAUUCAUAAACUUGUUCGUAAUGCCAAUCAGGAUAUUUUUUGGAUACCUUAUCUAGAAAAUGCACAAAAUGUAUUAACAAUUGCUAGACAUGCUCAAGUUCUACUUAAUGUAUAACUUGUUUACAAGGAUAUUUAUUAUCAAGUAAAUCUUCUUGUUUUAAAUGUAUAGAAUUUUGUUCUACAUGUAAUGAAAAUUUAAUUUGCCCAUCUUGCAUCGAUGGUUACUUCUUAGAUAAAAAUUCAUGUUAAAAAUGUUUAUAAAAUUGCGCAUAAUGUAAUGAUUCUUAAUCUUGCACUCAGUGCUUGA